AUGGCUUCCACACCAGUCAAUGGCCUCCAGGUCCAGAACAAGCUCCUGGACCAAGUCAUCCGGACUCCCGGCCGCCAGCCCUCCCCUCUACCUACACACCUGAGCGUACCCGGCACGUCUACACCGCGGGUACUUCCUCAGGAAGGCUCCGGAUAUGUUGCUCCCAAGUUUGAGGGCAAGGACAAGCAGAUGGAGGCGGUUAUGGACGGAAUAGAAGACAAGGGCUUCAUUCCCCCGGACUUUGUUGAAUCUGAGACUACUUGGUUCUACAACGAGCUUGGGAUUGACGACAUGUACUUUUCAACCGAGACGGUGGAAACCGUCAUAAAUCACAUCCACUCCCUCUAUGCUGCCAAAGUAGCGGCGUAUGCCCGCGACGACAAGCGACUAGAGAUCCGUCUCGACAAGGAGGCCGUCGACCAUGCCGUAUACAUUGACACCAGCAAGCCCGGUGUCUCUGUUGUGGAUGGGCCUCGCUACGAACAACGCAUCGACGAGAAAUACUUGAACGGAUCGCAGGGAAGCGCAACAUACCGCGUGGAGAGCUUCCGCUCAGCGAGCCCCCUCCCCGGCAGCGGCACUAAGGAACAGAAUGGACAGCAGCUUCGGUGCUACUUCGUCUACGAGUGCGACUUCGUAGAGAAGAACCCGAGCCCGACGGAAACGGACUUGGAGAAGAUUGGCGAGAAGCGAUUCUUGCAAAAGGCCACAAAGAACACCAAAGCGAUAUACCAACAAGCGAUUGAGAAUGCUGUUGAGCGGACUGGUCCGGUCAUAGAGUACUUCGACAUCCAGGGGUCCCGGGAGAAGAGACUUGUUCUUGCUUAUAAGCAAGGCUCCGCCCUGGGCCUGUUCAGCGCUCUGAGCGAUCUCUACCACUACUACGGACUGACGUCUUCGAGGAAAUACGUGGAGCAGUUCUCCAAUGGCUUUACUGUCAUGUCGGUAUAUCUCCGACCCGUGGCCGGAGCCGCGGCGAACUCGAGAUACCCGCCCAUCGAGGCCUCUAUUCAUCAAAUCAUCAAGGAGGUCUCUCUUCUUUACUGCAUUCCUCAGAACAAGUUCCAGGCGCACUUCGCGACAGGAAGAUUGAGUCUACAGGAGACCAUCUACGCCCAUUGCGUCUGGGUGUUUGUCUCACACUUCCUGAACCGGCUUGGUUCGGAAUACACCACACUCGCAUCUGUCUUGGACCCGAGCAACAGCGUACACGCAGAGCUUCUCUCCAAGCUGAAGCGUCGCCUACGCGCGGAAACUUUCACAGCUGACUAUAUCCUGGAGAUCAUCAACCAGUACCCAGAUUUGGUGCACUCCUUGUAUCUUUCAUUUGCGAGCACGCACUACGUGCAGACGAGGGGUUCCCAAGAUGACUUCAUCCCGACGCUCAGCUAUCUCCGUCUUCAGAUCGACAAGGUCCUCAGCGACGAUGAGCAGCGAGACAUGCUCAACAAAGCCGUGGUCAACGAGCACCACGGCAUGGUCAUGAGUGCCUUCAAUGUCUUCAACAAUUCCGUCCUAAAGACUAACUUCUAUACGCCCACUAAGGUUGCUCUGAGCUUCCGUCUGAACCCGACCUUCCUACCAAUCUCAGAAUACCCACAGCCUUUGUAUGGCAUGUUCUUGGUCAUCAGCUCCGAAUUCCGUGGCUUCCAUCUCCGCUUCCGCGAUAUCGCUCGUGGUGGUAUUCGAAUCGUCAAGUCUCGCAGCCAAGAAGCUUACGCUAUCAACGCUCGUUCGUUGUUUGAUGAGAACUACAAUCUUGCAAACACCCAGCAGCGGAAGAACAAGGACAUCCCUGAAGGUGGUUCGAAAGGUGUUAUUCUGCUCGACGUUCACCAUCAAGACAAGGCUAGAGUUGCGUUCGAGAAGUACAUCGACAGUGUGCUAGAUCUCCUCCUCCCUCCUACCAGCCCUGGUAUCAAGGACCCGAUCGUGGAUCUUCACGGAAAGGAAGAGAUUUUGUUCAUGGGCCCUGAUGAGAACACAGCAGAUCUCGUGGAUUGGGCUACUGAGCAUGCUAGAAUUCGUGGCGCGCCCUGGUGGAAAUCCUUCUUCACUGGCAAGAGCCCGAAAUUGGGAGGCAUUCCCCACGACCACUAUGGCAUGACUACACUCUCAGUUCGGGAGUUUGUGCUUGGUAUUUACCGCAAACUCAACCUCGAUCCCAGCAAAGUCCGUAAGCUCCAGACUGGUGGGCCAGACGGUGAUCUUGGAUCGAACGAAAUUCUCUUGGGCAAUGAGCUGUAUACGGCUAUUGUGGACGGAUCUGGUGUGCUCGUGGAUCCCAAGGGCAUCAAUCAUGAUGAACUGAUUCGUCUGGCAAAAAAGCGCGUCAUGAUUCAGGAGUUCGACAUUUCAAAGCUCUCCUCGGAAGGGUAUCGCGUUCUUGUCGACGAAAACAACGUCAAGCUGCCUUCUGGAGAAGUCGUCUACAACGGCACAUCAUUCCGCAACACCUUCCACCUCCGCGGUGGCUCAAAUUACGACAUGUUCGUGCCUUGCGGCGGUCGCCCAGAGUCCAUUGAUCUGAGCUCUGCUAGCAAGCUCAUUGUUGAUGGAAAAUCAACCAUCCCGUACAUCGUGGAGGGAGCCAAUCUCUUCAUAACGCAAGACGCAAAGCUGCGUCUCGAGAAAGCUGGUUGCAUUCUCUACAAGGAUGCCUCAGCCAACAAAGGCGGUGUCACGUCGUCAUCCCUCGAGGUUCUUGCAUCGCUGUGUUUUGACGAUGCUGGCUUCAUUGAGCACAUGUGCGUCCGCGAAGACGGCACCGUGCCCGAGUUUUACAAGGAGUACGUAAAGCAAGUCCAGAAAACCAUCCAGAACAACGCGGCACUGGAGUUUGAGGCGAUCUGGAGGGAGCACCAGUCCACCGGCGAGCUGAGGAGCAUACUCAGUGACACAUUGAGUAUCGCGAUUACGAAACUCGACGAGGAGCUUCAAGGAACGGAGCUGUGGGAGAACAUCGAUCUCAGGAAGUCUGUCUUGAGGGAUGCCCUGCCGAAAUUGUUGGUUGAGAAGAUCGGAUUGGAGACGAUUAUGGAGCGGGUUCCCGACAAUUACCUUCGCGCCAUCUUUGGCAGCUACCUAGCCAGCCGAUUUGUGUAUAGCUACGGCAUUUCGGCGAGCCAAUUUGCCUUCUUCGCAUUCAUGAACAAGCGCAUGGCGAUGAUACAGAAGUAG